CAUAUUUGGUGGAAAAAAAUUCGAUCUUUGGACUAUAUAUAUAAACACAUGACUCUGAUCUCUAUCUUAUAAAAUCAGAACACAUUAAUUUUAUUCAUCUGGGUUCAAUUCUCUCUUUAUUUCAUUAUCAUAAUCAGAGAUCUGAGAAAUGGCUACAAAUGGAGAUCAUCAAACAACAACAAAGCCACCUCCAAGUCCAUCUCCUCUGCGUAACUCCAAGUUUUUUCAGUCCAAUAUGAGAAUUUUGGUUACCGGAGGAGCUGGAUUUAUUGGAUCACAUCUGGUUGACAAACUAAUGGAUAAUGAGAAAAAUGAGGUGAUAGUUGCUGAUAACUACUUUACUGGAUCAAAAGACAACCUUAAAAAAUGGAUUGGCCAUCCAAGAUUUGAACUCAUCCGUCAUGAUGUUACGGAGCCAUUGCUGGUUGAAGUUGAUCAGAUAUACCAUCUAGCAUGCCCUGCUUCUCCCAUUUUCUAUAAACAUAAUCCCGUAAAGACAAUAAAAACAAAUGUUAUUGGCACACUAAACAUGCUGGGUCUUGCCAAGAGAGUUGGAGCGAGGAUUUUGCUUACCUCGACCUCAGAGGUAUACGGUGAUCCUCUAAUUCACCCUCAACCAGAGACCUACUGGGGCAAUGUUAACCCAAUUGGGGUUCGGAGUUGUUAUGAUGAGGGAAAGCGUGUGGCCGAGACUUUAAUGUUUGAUUAUCACAGGCAGCAUGGAAUUGAGAUUCGCAUUGCUAGAAUUUUUAACACCUAUGGACCCCGCAUGAAUAUAGAUGAUGGGCGUGUUGUCAGCAAUUUUAUUGCUCAAGCACUUCGUGGUGAAGCAUUGACAGUCCAGAAACCUGGUACUCAAACUCGCAGUUUCUGUUAUGUCUCUGACAUGGUUGAUGGCCUAAUCCGACUCAUGGAAGGAGAGAACACUGGACCAAUCAACAUUGGAAAUCCAGGGGAAUUUACCAUGACCGAACUUGCCGAGAAUGUGAAGGAGCUUAUAAAUUCUGAUGUGGAGAUAAUAAUGGUGGAGAAUACUCCUGACGAUCCACGACAGAGGAAACCCGACAUUACAAACGCAAAAGAAUUGCUCGGUUGGGAGCCAAAAGUAAAGUUGCGGGAUGGCCUUCCCUUAAUGGAGAACGAUUUCCGCGCAAGGCUAGGAGUCCCGAAGCACAAAUGAUUAAAAAAAGAAGAUGAGCAGUGUGAAAUUUUCGUCAACUUUCCGUUUUCCAAUAUUUUUCAUAUUUGCAUAUUGUUUUAUUUCAAUUCAUUGCCAUAUCAUAGAAAAUAAGCAGUGAUAAGUGUCACCUUUUUUUGUGCUUGGUUCCUACAAUUAUCAAUACUCAGAGUAGGAAGCUUUACAUUAUAAAGUAAAAGUGUAAGCUUGUUUGUUUUAUUUUUUUCUAUUGAAUUUCUACAUUUUAAUAAAUAUAAUUUUUUUGUUCCUGCUA